AGUUUGUGUAGAGUUUUUUAUGCUUAUAGAUUAUAGAAAUAAGAUAGAAGGUUAUCUCAAUUAAUUCUGAUUAUCUAAGAAAGUUUCAGGGUUCAUAUAUACUGAAUUAUUUUGAAGUAGGCCUACCAAUAUAAUACUUUUGUAAUGAAUGAAAAGUUUAAAGAUUUUGAAACAAUAAUGUUUUCUUGGCUUUUUAUCAACUUUUGAAUACUAUUUUUUCAGGUAUACAGACAAAACGCGUCACUAAAAUAACUGUAGGUAAUAAGAUUCCUGUGCCAUGAUGAAUUCAAAUCAAGAAGUUGAUAUAAAUACCUGAGCCAUCAAGCACUAUUGCAAGUUCAUUAUUUGGACAAUGAAAAGAAAAUCAAAAAGCAAAAACAUACUAACAAACAAGAGAUUACAAAAUAUUGAAAAGACCAAAACUUAUUCAGAAGCUGAAAAUUUUAAUGAUAUUCAAGAAGUGGUUACACUUGAAAAGCGAAAGGAAAAGUUAAAGAGUGAUCAAGCAGAUCUCAGUGAUGAAUUGCAGAAUAUAGUAGCAGAAAUACAGACUGAAACGCAACAGAAAAUAGGCAUUGAACAGGAACUGGAAGAAUUGCGAAAAGAAGUGAAAUUGUCUGAACGGAGUAAAGAAUCACUGGAGCAAGAAGCGUUUGAUCUAGCUGAGAAAACUCAGGAUGCUUUGAUAAGUUUGGACAAGCGACUGGAGAUUGCAGAAAAGAGACAACGAAUGCUAGAAAAUGUCAUAAUACAAAUUAAACAGUAUCAAGAGAACAGAACAGCCGAGGCUAGAAAACAGUUUGAUUCAGUAUGGAGUACGAAAUGUCGGGAAGUAGAAGAAAGCGAACAAAGAGAAGAGGAAGACAUUAAGAAUUUAAUGAACAAGGAGUGUGAAGAUUUCGCACAAAAAUUGAAAGCUACAAAUGAUGACAUCAUAAGGAGAGAAAAAGAGAUAGCAAAGCUGGGAAAGAAAUUGCAUGAACAAGGUUUGCAACUGGCAGCACAAGUAACCAACAUCCAGAAGGAUAUAGAGAAAGAGAGAAGAGAAUAUGAACUGCAAAUGAAUGCCAAGAUGGCGUUUUACAAAGCGGAAGCUAAUAAAUUAGCUCAUAUGAAUGACAAAAUAGUACACCAAUACGAAAGCAAAUUAAGAUCCGAUACUAAGGCUGCAAGUAUGGAGAAAUUUAAAACUGAGUCUCUUCUCAAAGUGAAUUACAAGGAUGAACAAUUCCAAACUUCUGUCAACAGUCUUGAAGAGAAAUUGAUGAAAGAUGUAAAAAAUACCAUGAAAUGGGCGAAUCAUUACAGUGAACUUGAGAAUAGGAAGAAAGCGGCACUCAGUGAACUGGACGAGGAACCGACUGAGACUCCUAAAAUAAUAUGUGAUGGAAGCAGUUAAAUAUAAAGUCUCAAUAAAAUUAAAAAAAUCCACUCUUUU